CCUAGUUCUGAGACAGACGCCAACAUGACUAUUCCAAGUCUGACUCUUUCUCCUGGUGAACCAGCAACCACAGCCUCGUUGGUCACCCAGUCCAGCGCAAAGACAAGCACAAGUUUUCCUGGCUCCACUGCUUUUCCUCAUUUUCCCGGGACCAUAGCCUCACCAUCCAUCCGGCCUGAGUCGGAGACUAGUGCAGCUCUUCCAAUUCAGACUGUUUCCCUCGGUCCGGCCGAAAUAACAUCCCUCACCACACCUGUGACCGAGACCAGCAGAGCUGAUCUAGGUCCAACUGUCUCACUUGGUGUCCCUGCAGAAACAGCCUCCCUCUCCACCCAUCCUGGCACACACAUCAGCACAACUAUUUCCACGUCAACUCUUUCCCCCAUUUUAGUGGCGACCACAGGCUUACUGGCCACCAGCCCUGCAUCAGAUGCCAGCACAGGUGUCCCAACGUUGACGGCUGGUGUUCUGGGGCCUGUCAGUACCCCUGCAACCACUGGCUCAGGCCCCAUCCCGGCAGAGACCACAGCCGCCUCCAGUACAUCAGCAGGAAGUCCCUUUGUCCCUGAGACCUCAACUGGGAUGUCCACCUUGACCUCUCUGAGUGUGACUUCAGAAACAACUGCAGUUCCUUUCUUGACGCCUUUUACUGUCAACAUCACCAUCACCAACCUGCAUUACACAGAGGACAUGGAAAACUCGGGCUCUGAGAUAUUCAGUGCCACUGAGAGAGACCUGCAGCACCUGCUCAGGACUCUGUUCAGAAACAGCAGUGUUGGUUCCCUCUAUGCUGGCUGCAGGCUGACCUUGCUCAGGGCUGAAAAGGACGGAACAAGCACCAGAAUGGACGCAGUCUGCACCUACCGCCCAGAUCCCACAGGCUUCAGGCUGGACAGAGAGCGGCUGUACUGGGAGCUAAGCCAGCAGACCUAUGGUGUCACGCGGCUGGGCCAUUACACCCUGGACAGGGACAGUCUCUGUGUCAACGGUUUUAACCAUCAGUACUGGAUCCCCACCACCAGCACUCCCCUGACUUCCACAGCCUCUUCAGGACUCCCUGCAUCUCUGCCUCCCACCUCCAGCUCUACAGCUGCAGGUGUGGGUCCCACCCCGGUGCCAUUCACCCUCAACUUCACCAUCACCAACCUGCUCUGCACCCCAGACAUGAGGCGCCCGGGCUCCUUGAAGUUCAACUCCACUGAGAGGGCCCUGAGUCGCCUGCUUGGUCCCUUGUUCAAGAACACCAGUAUUGGUCCUCUGUACUCUGGCUGCAGACUGACCUUGCUCAGGACUGAGAAGGGCGGAGCGGCAACUGGAGUGGACGUCGUCUGCACCUACCAUCCUGACCCCGUAGGCCCCAGGCUGAACAGAGAAGAACUAUACCAGGAGCUGAGUCAGCUGACCCACGGUGUCACGUGGCUGGGCACCUACAGCCUGGACAGAGACAGUCUCUAUGUCAAUGGUUAUAACCAUCGGUACUGGACCCCUACCACCAGCACUCCAGUGACUUCUACGUUCUCUCCAGAAUCUUCCACAACUCUGUCCCCCAUCCUCAGCUCUACAGGUGUGAGCCUGUCUCUGGUGCCCUUCACUCUCAACUUCACCAUCACCAGCCUGCACUACACAGAGGACAUGGGGCUCCCAGGAUCUGAGCUAUUCAAUGCGGUAGAGAGGACCUUGAAUCGUCUGCUCAAACCCUUGUUCCAGAACAGCAGCAUUGGGCCCCUCUAUUAUGGCUGCAGAUUGACCUUGCUCAGGUGA